CAAAUAUGGCGGGCGCGAAGUUAUUAUGUUUUCUGACAUUUCGAAGCAAUGCCUGAAUUAUAAUCGUGUUUCAGACAUAAAGCCUAUGAAAUUCCGAAUCUCUCCGCAAUGUUAAAAGUCUCUUUAAUUAAAAAAACUAAAAACUAUUUAGUUCUACCAGUUAGUACCUCAAAAAAGUGAUCGCGAGUUGUAUUGUAAAAAGUGUGGUUAGCCGGUUAACAGCGCGAAAAUGGAAAAAGUGUCUGAAAUAAAUAAAUCAGGAUGCAAGGAACUUUUGGUGUGGCGAAUGUUUAUCGCUAUCGCGUUAAGCAUAUUCUUUCAAUUUUUCCUCAUGAGUGUUGUUAUUCUCAUGUCAAAUUUGAAUCCCAUUAGUCCGUUUUUAUGGGUUCAAAACACGUGGAAUGUCGUCUUCAGCUUCCGAAUGUGGUGUUAUUUUCUGCUCCUGGCGACUGUGACUUUUCUUCAGGGAUUUAUGUGCAGCAAAGAUUAUCUCAAUCCUCCACGAUACUUGUCGAAUAGAUUUUUUAUAUUCUGCAGUAUGCUGGGACCAAGAAAUGUUUUACUUUGCUGUGUCUACGUUGCUGUUGGUGGAAUUUUGACUUGGCUGCAUUUAUCUUUGAAGGGAGGAUCUUACAGCUCACUCACAAAAGUUUGCACAACGGCAAAAGGCUCCUGUCUUGUGGAAGAAUACUACUUUCUACUCCUAGGCGGAUUUUGGACCGGGUUUUACUUCUUCACGAAAUCCAACUUAACUGCCGUGAGGUUUUUACAGUUUCCGACAAUUCCCCAAACGAAAUUCUCACAAGUCAAGAGAGCCAUUCACGAGCUGUUGCCCCAAGCGAUGACGAAUGCCCUCUGGCCAGUUCUCUAUUUCACAAACUUCUACUGGCUUCUCGGAGCAUACAGUAGAACAGCUUUAACAUCCCUCAUACCUUUGUCACUUGAGGAUCAGCCACUCGAUAAAAUUUCAAGACUCCUAAAUCCCACUCUGCUGUUCGACUUGUGGCUCUAUAGUUCGCUCUUCGUUGUAAUGGCGAACACCAUGCACUUGAUGUUCCAAGCCUGUUUAACCGAGUGGAUCCCCUUCGAAGUUGAGCGCACCUCUCUCUUCAACAAUGAUAAACUCAGCGUCACCCUUGCCGAAGUUUUAACCAUGGACGAAAUACCGAUCAUUCGACAACUGGGAUAUCUGGACCUCGUGACUUUGGCACAAAAGGACAAAUCGAGAAGAUCUGCUCUCUUCACUCUGAGUCAGCCAGGUGGUCAUCCUUACAACUGGAAUCGUAUAAUGGAGAAUUGCUUAUCAGCCAUCAAGGAAUUCACCUCAGAGUUGAACUCUGUUUGCUCAACAAAGGACGAAAUAAAAUCGGAAAUUGAAACCACAGCUUUGAAUCCAAGCGCUCAUCUCUUCCAAAAACCGUAUCAGUAUCACAUGCGGAAUUUGGUGUCGCCGAAAUCGUUAGCACCAGCCGAGGUCUUAUAUCCGACCGAAUCCAUUCCCAGUGAGCAAUUCCUAAUUCGUUACUUGAAAAAUCUCAAGCAAACCGUCAUCUCCUAUCUCUUCUCCAAGCCGUUGAUUUGCUUUAUUUUUGGCGAGCAAUUGGACAGUAAAGCUCGACACGUUUUGUUCAAAGGACAGCCGAUUGUUUGGGCUGCUGAUGCAAUCUCGUCCUUGGCUGUUGCUUCGCUGACCGAGGAUGCCUAUGGAAUUGCGCAAAAAGAUUUGCCGGCGAUUAUUGAAGCACUUUUGAGCGUAAAACAGGCUCUUGAUAAACUGCAAAAAAUGAAUAUCCUGAUGAGGAAGCCUCUGAGCAAUGACAAAGUACUUAGACAGUGUUUAACAUCUUUGCGAAGUGCUACCAGACGUAGCCUUUAUAGGAUCGUUACGACGUUUAAGGAUUUCAUCGAUGAUUUGGGACUCGCGGCAGGAACUGUCGAUCAGUUGCAACCCUUUUUUGUGUAUCGAGAAUAGAGGCUGGAGAUGAAUUUUUAAAGGUGUGUCGUUCUAAAGAAUUUUUUCUAAAACUCAGUGUGCAGUACAAUCUAUUGCAGAAAAGGAUAAUAUUUUUCUACGAGUAAUUUGGUAUGUUUUUUUCGAACACUGGGAUUUGAGCAAAGUGUUUUUAUUGAAUAGAAUUAAUUAAAGGAAGAGGAGCAUUAAAGGCCAUUUUUGUGUUAAUUAUUUAUCAUACUGUAUUCAGUUCGAAGAAUUUGAAUGGAUAAUUUAAAGAGCUGCGAAUUCACUGUUUUUUUUUUUGUUUUUUUCUUGUCUAUUUAUGAGUGUUUUUAGUUUCCUAUUGUCAAGGAGUUAAACGAAAUGACUGCAUCAUUUGUAAGAAAAUGUGAUUGAUUGACUUUUCAAUAAAAUACUGUGAUCAGUGCUUCUUGUAAUACAUCA